AUGCCUGAUGAUCCGCUUAGGGAUAAAUGGCACAUGCCAAACGAAGUUGCUGAAGAAAAUUCAGCCAGAACGGAAGAAACUUUAACAAAAGAAUGGGGCAUGUAUAGUGGUGAAAAUGCACUGAGCUAUUUUUUGGAAAAUGUUCCCGAAUUCCUUGGACUCCCCGUGUAUAAAACAAAAUGUCCAUUUAAAUUUCUAAUUCACCGCCCGCCGAUUUGCCGAAAUUUGCUUACCAUGAAGAAAAGGCUCUGCAAGCUGCAUCGGACAAAUGGUCCAUGGCCGGAAUGGUAUCAGUGUUUGUUGUUAUAUUGUUGGCUGUUGUGUUAUUUCAUCAUAAGCGUCAGGGCCGAAGGUUGCCCGCCAUCUGAAGCAAUUCUGCCAUGUCGCUGUUCGCUGAGGGGCAAAGAAAUACAAAUAUGGUGCUCUCACAGCAAUUUACCGCAAAUAAUGGAUGGCCUGAAGGCGGUGGAGCGCAACAUCAAAGGUUCCAUUGAUGAAUUGGUGCUGGAGAAUAACCAACUACCCGCCUUGCCCGGUCGCUUCUUUGGUACCCUGCAAAUUGUACGCCUUAUGCUACGCUACAAUGGCAUCGAAAGGGUCUCCAACGGCUGGCUAAAUGAAUUGGAAAAUAGCCUGGUCGAAAUUUACAUAGUCGAGCCGCAACUGCGAAGUAUACCUGUCGAAAGCCUUAAUGGCAUGAUAAAUAUGGUAGCGAUUACCAUACAAAGUGAUGAAUUGAAACAUUUGCCAGAUUUUUCGGGAUUACUUAGCCUAACAUAUUUGAGUGUGCAGAGUCGAUCGCUAAGCGAAUUGCAACCUUUGUGGUUCAGGCAUUUGCCGAAGUUGCAGAAUAUCCAUAUUACAGGGGGAGAGAACUUGAAUCGUUUGGAAGCGGGGUUGUUUGAUGGUUUGAUAUCGCUGAAAAAUGUGGACCUAAGUCGUAAUGGUAUUAAUUGGAUACAUUUGAGAGCCUUCGCACGAUUGCCGAAUUUGACAAGUCUGAAAUUGUCCUAUAAUCAAAUCAGCGAUGUGGGUAUGAUUGGAAGGAUUGUUAAGGAUUUGGAGAAUUUAAAGAAGUUGCGGUUGGAUCAUAAUAUCAUUGGAAUUAUAGAGGAUGGAUCCUUUGUGGAUCUGCCACAUUUGACGGAGUUACAUUUGAAUGAUAAUCGGAUAACGCAAAUUGAAUAUGGAGCCUUCUUGAGGACACCGAUGUUGAAAACGAUUUAUUUGCAUAAUAAUCACAUUAAGUGCAUACAUCCUGAGUCAUUUAUGCAGGCCUCCGGAUCGGGAGUGGAAACGAUGUAUAUUUAUAAUAAUGAAAUUGAUGAUACGGGGGAGUUGAGAUCGCUGCUGGAGGCCCUGCCUGCCCUGAAGUUUUUGGAUAUAAGCAAUAAUUUUUUGAGGGAUAUCCAUUAUGGAGCAUUGAGGGGUCAUGGCACCCUGGAACAGUUGCAUAUUAAUAAUAAUCUGCUGAGAACAAUUGAAAGGGAGGCCUUGAUGGCCAUGCCAGCCUUGAGGGAGCUGCGUUUGAGAAACAACAGCCUGAGUCAUGAUCUACCUAUGCCUUUUUGGAAUUUACCCGGCUUGAAGGGCCUCGAUUUGUCGUUGAAUAAUUUCAGGAUUGUGGAUUCAUACCUCUUGGCCGGUUUGCCAUCCCUGCGACGUUUGGAUCUAAGUGAAAACGGGCUGAUGAAAAUGGAUCCCAGCACCUUUGUUCAUAACUCGAUGUUGGAGACUUUGAAUAUUUCCAUAAAUGAUUUGAAAAUUCUGCACCCGGCUACCUUUCGAAAUUUGGAUAGGCUUUUCGAGGUCGACGCAAGUUAUAAUCAGCUGAAUGAAAUGAUACCAGGGCUACCGAAAAUUGUGGAACGCAUUUCGGUUAGGGGUAACAUGAUCGGCAGCCUACCAGCCUCGGUUGUGAAAAGUUUGAAUUUACCGAAUUUGAGAAUGCUGGACUUGAGCAUGAAUCGUUUGGAACAUUUGCCGAAAUAUGCCUUCCAGGGGCUGCCACAAUUAAGGGUUCUAAGUUUGGCCUAUAAUCGUCUGCGUUCCCUAGAUGACACCGUGUUCAUAGGAUCCUAUCGCCUGGAAUUGUUACACCUGCAGGAGAACCAACUAAUGCAGCUGGAUGAACGUUGUCUCCUCCCCCUGGCGGAAUUAAGAAAUCUCAAUCUGCAGGCCAAUAAAUUAUCAUCGAUUACCGAUAAUCUCUUUUCGAAUAAUUCCAAAUUGGAACAAUUGGAUUUGUCAAGGAAUACCAUACGCAGCAUAGCUCCGGCUGCCUUUGAGGCCCAAAAAUCUUUGGAAUAUCUCGAUUUAUCCUCCAAUGCCUUGAGCGAUAUGUCCAUUAGCUUGGCGAAUUUGAUAAGUCUCAAGGAUAUCGAUUUAAGUUAUAAUCAAAUUACCCACAUCAAUUCGGAGGUAAUUGCCUCUUGGCGCCAGGUUGUGGAGAUACGCCUCUCAAACAACCUCAUUACCGAACUAAAACGGGGUAGUUUUCGUAACCUCCUUAAGCUACAAUAUCUCGAUCUAUCCAGCAAUGAAAUAAAUCAUGUGGAACAGGGAGCCCUUAAGAAUCUUCCGGAGUUACAGGAAUUUGUAUUGGCUGAUAAUAAAUUGUCGGAAUUAAAGGAUCAUGCCUUUGAGGAUUUGCCGAAUCUGCUGGCCUCCCACUUUCAAUAUAACAAUUUGAGAUUUAUUUCAUCGGAAAGCUUUUUCAAUUCCCCAUCGAUGGUAUUUUUGAAUUUAUCGAAUAAUCAUUUUCGCAGCAUGGAAAGUAUUGGCCUAAGAUCGAUGCGGAAUCUUGAGGUAUUGGAUUUAUCCACCAAUGCUGUGAGGACAGUGCCCACAAUGCCACUGAAAAUGCUGAAUUGGUUGGUCGAACUGAAAAUGGAUAAUAAUGAAAUAUGUCGGAUACAGGGUGCCCCAUUUGAACAAAUGCCUAGGUUGAGGGUAUUAUCAAUGCGCAAUAAUAGAUUGCGUUCGAUUAAGGAGAGGACCUUUAGGAAUUUAAGGGGAAAUAUUGCCAUAAUCGAUAUGGAUGGUAAUCCCAUUGAAUGCACCUGUGAAAUGCAAUGGCUGUCGGUGUGGUUGCAGGAAACCAAUUUCCCAUAUCCCGGACCGAAAUGCCAAGAUGGUCGUCUACUGCGAGCCUCACGAAUCGAUAAGAAUCUCUGUAACAACUUGGCGGAUAAUCAACAACGUAAUGGUGGUGCGGGACCCUUUAGUGAUGCCUCUGGAGGUGGGGGGGUGCUAAAUCAUUUACCCCUGCUCAAUGAACAUGGAGAUAUUUUCCAAAGGGAGCUACAGGAAUACAAUGAUGAGUGUGAGGCCUAUGAAUUGCCACCGGCUGAAAGGCCUUUGGCGGGUGAGAGUGAAUAUUUCUAUGAUCAAUAUGUGGAUUAUCCACCGGGGGCCAAUGACAGUGUUUCUAAUACCCUACUGCAUAGCCAUCGGCCUAAACCUAACCACCCGGCCUCAUCGGUCAGUCCGAAUGUGGACUUGAAUAAUACCAUAUUGAAUACGAACUAUUUUAAAAAGAAACCCCUCUCCCCGCACUCCUCUUCACCCUUUACCUUCUUCGGUUAUCCUAUACCGAGCAUAAGUUUGGGACGAUUUUUCGGGGCCAAUGAAAGAGGGCGGAAAGAUCGUGGCGAAAAGGGUGGUGAAUCGAUAUUUAAUGGUCACAAAUCUUUGGCGACCUCUACCAGUACGACCAGCACCGAAAUGCCUGCCACUCAUCGAAUGUUUACCGGGUCCCAUGGCAAAGUCCGAAUGUAUCAACCGAAUAGUGCAGAAUUUGAAAAAUAUCUGAAGAAUAAAGAUGACACCGAGGACAGUCCACAAUAUGUUGAUGUAAAUGGUCGGCGAAAUGUGGCUGAUACUUCGGGAGGAUCAUCAGAUGAAACAUCAAGUAGUUCGGAAAGUCCUUCCAGUGUUUUUAAGACGGGUUUUAGGGUGCCUUCCAGUGUGGAGAGGGGUGGUUUUAAACCUAUUGUACCGGAACAUAGUGUGGGUGGUUUUAUGCCAGUACAUGAUCCAUCGAAACGGAAGGGUACCAUAGAAGUUGUGGCUCCCACAUCGCUGAAGGUGGAUAAAACGAAGCGUUUGAAUAAAUUGACCACGAAUGCAGAGGUGAAGUAUAAAAAUCCUAAUUCGGAAGAAUUUUAUGGAAGCACAACAAUGAGCACGACAACCUCGACAACAACUUCCACAACCCCUAAACCUCCUGCUGCUGCUUCGCAAGAAGUAGAGUCUCACACCUAUUAUGUAUCUGAGGAGUCAACGGAAGUGGAGACCACCACAACGUAUCGACCCAGGACCACCUUGCAAAAAUAUCACACCACCCUGCAGGCCACCACAACACCUACAACCACAAGUAGCACCACCAAGCCGCCAGUUACCACCUCUACUACCACGACGACCACCACCACCACACCUCGUAUACCCACCAUGAGCAAAGACUCCUUUGAGGACACGGAAUUCUAUGAUGAUCUAGAGGCUCAAUCGGUAACCAUGAUGAAGCCCCCACCAUUCAUACAAACCACCACAUCGGAGACCAUAUUGCUAAUACCACCCCCUGAGGAACUGGUGGAACAAAUCAAAAGGCAAUCAUGGAUGCAUACCACGGAGAAAACAGUACACUCCGAAGAGGUCGAAGAUUACUUAACCACCAUAACCACAACAGCCAAGCCAACGAGUACUACACCCUCAGCUAUCCCAUCAAGUUCCACAACAGCCCCACCUCUACCCUAUCUACCACGGCCAGGUGGGGCAGCCCGCUCCACAGUGACCAAGGUCUUUACACCACAAGCCGCUCUCAAUCAUCAUCAUCAUCAUGCCCAUCUACCCACAGCCGAGGAAUAUCAACGAACCACCCCCACCUUAAAUGGCCGGACCACUGAAGAACCCCAGCUAACCGCCAAUGCCCAGAAGAGAGAUGAACCCUCACCAUCUAGCGGUGGUAGUAGCAUCGAUCGCAUUGAUCGUAAAGAUGGCAUGGAUUGGUAUUAUGAAAGUUUCAAAAAGGCCAGAGCAAUAGGGGGUGGAGGAGGAGGUGCUAAACCCAGUUUUACGGGUUCAAAUUCUUAUCGUAAUGGUGGUAAUGGUCUGAUAUUGGAAUGGAAUAUUUUUGGUGUCUUUAUUAUGGUGGCAAAUUUGUAUAUGAUUUUCGCUGGAAAUUAUUUGUUAUUUUAA